AUGGCAAAAUUUUCUUUACUAGAUGCUUCUCCUCAAUGUGUAAUUGGGGAGUUUAGUAUUUUUAAUAAAGGUAAGUGGAUUGUGUCUACAGUUUAUGGCAACAAGAAUCCACAUAUAAGGAGGAAGUUGAGGGAAAAAUUAGAAGUAUACUGUGACAAAGAGAUCCCUUUGGUUGUGGGAGGGGAUUUCAAUUGUGUACUUUCACAAGAAGAAAAGAGGGGUGGAAAGAAGUUCUCAUUUUCUCAAGGCAUGCAAGAAAUGUCUGCCUUUAUGUCUAGAAAUGAUCUACUUGAUGUUGGGAUGUAUGAAGAUGUUUGGGCUUCUUUCCUGGCGUCAAAAUCUAUCGUUCUAAAGACUUGGAACAAACCUGUUAAUGGGGAUGCAAUGAAUGUCAUAAAUGUUAAGUGUAAAAGGACUUUGAGAGCUCUUCAUUAUUGGAGCAAAGCAAAAAUGAAGAAUUUUAUGGAAAUCAAAGAUGUAUUAAAUAAGGAGAUUGUAAAUCUGCAGCUGGAAGAAUCCUUUGGGCAUGGUCUUAACGAGGAAAAGCUAUUACUGUUGAGAGCUAAAAUUCAGGAAUUCAAUCUGAAUUUGGCUCGUUUAAGCACAUGGUGGAGACAAAGAUCAAAGUUAAAGUGGAUCCAGGAGAAUGAUAUGAAUUCUAAAUUUUUCCAUUAUUUUGCUAAUGGAAGAAGAUUGGGAAACUCUAUUCGUCAAUUGAAGGAUGAAGAUGGAAUUUUGGUAGAAGAGAAUGCUGAAAUUGAAGAAAUCCUGAUGAAUUUCUUAGCAAUAAAUGGAAGAGUAGAUGUUGUAACUUAA